UAAUGGCAAGGAAAGCAAGCACUUGUGGCAUCUGUGAGAAUGUAAAUCUCCCUUCAGUUUGUGCACCUUGUGUGAAUUCAAGGUUGAAUGAUAAGUAUAAAUUGGUCAAUGCAUUGAAACGCGAACAUAUUACCUUGAAUAAAAGACUGGAUGAAAAGCUCAAGGCUAAGGAUAAAGCAAGUGACCAACGGAGAUGGAUGCAGCUUCAUGCUGAAAAACUUGUACUGCUUAAAGAGCGGCUUCGUCUUAACCAAGAUCAACUUAUGAAAGAAAAAUUCAAGCUUGAGGAGAAAACUAAUGAAUUCCAUUCCAGAGAGACCUUACUUGUAGACGCCUCUGAUAUGUUGGAAAGAAAUAUGGUGGAAAAGCUAGAUGAGUUCUAUCCGGAUGAGAUUCAUGCCCAAAACUUGGCACAUACAACAAUACGGUUAGAUCUUUUGCAGGCACAAUCCGUGGCAAUAAGACAACUUGGAAAGUUGUUUCCUCUUUGCAAAGUACAUGAUGGAGAGAGAACAAAUAAAGGUUUAAGUAGUGAUUAUCAUCAAAUUUGUGGUGUUCGUUUACCGCGAGGAACUAAUCCACAUUCAGAUUCAGUGGAAGAGCUUGGAGCAUCAUUGGGGUAUAUGUUCCAGCUUUUGAACCUCGUUGUUCGUUACUUGUAUGCACCUUUGCUUCUUACUUCUGGGUUUGUUGGUUCAUGUUCACGUGUAUGGCAAAGAGCUUCUUACAAGAAUUCUUAGCCAGCUUCUUGAAGUAACGAGCAUCCUCUUUCUAUUCCACUCCAAAUUGGCUCCAUUCCAAGUCAAGGAAAUUCUUGGUCUGAAAAAAGUUCUAGUGAUUAUGGUGUGGCAUCUAUCGAGCCAAUAGAAAGGACACAUUCAGAUGGUGCUACCAGUAGUAGCUUCAAGUAUGGUAGCAGUUCUCUUCAUUCAUUCGAGACACGUACAGACCUGGAG